GCUGGAGACGAGUUUCAGGAGCAGGCGUCGCAGCUGUGCAGUCAGCAGUCUCAGGCGGUGGAGCUCAUCAAGAACAAGAAACGCAAAGACCCUCGCUUCGCUCACAUCAUCCAGGAGUGUGAGGCGAGUCCACACUGUCGAAGGCUGCAGCUCAAAGACCUGCUGGUGUCAGAGAUGCAGAGAAUCACCAAGUACCCUCUGCUGCUGGACAACAUCGUGAAGCACACAGAGGCCGGUUCGUCAGACCUCCCCUCACUACAGCGGGCCCAGGCUUGUUGCCGAGGGAUACUGCAGGUCGUCAAUGAGGUCGUCGGGGAAACCGAACACAGGCAACGUCUCAGCCAAUACCAACGCAGACUGGAUGCUGCCCCUCAAUUCAAGAGUUUGGACCUGACCACAAAGAGAAUGAUCCAUGAAGGUCCGCUCACCUGGAAAGUGAGCAAAGACAAGCAGAUAGAGAUCCAAGCGCUGCUGCUGUCGGACUGCCUGGUCCUUCUUCAGAGGGGCCCAGACGACCGGCUGCAGCUGCGAUAUCCGUCCCGCUGGCUGGGUGGCGGCAGCGUGGGAGGCAGCGGAGACAGCAAGACGUCCUUCAGCCCCUUGGUGAAGCUGGACUCGCUGCUGGUCCGCUCAGUAGCCACAGACAACAAAGCGCUCUACAUCAUCAGCACCACCGAGAGGCAGAUCUACGAGCUGGUGGCUGGGACGUCUUCAGAGAAAAACACAUGGAAAGAUUUACUUGAAAAAACGGUCUCAUCGGCCGACGGCUCGUCACCCCUGAUCAAUCACGGAUGUAUUCCGAUACCUUCUCCCAGCACUCGCAGUGCAUCCCCAGUUUCAACCAGCAGCAACGUCUAUGCAGACAACUCAAUGACGGAGCAGUCAGUUUCCAUGGAGACUCAUUCCUCCAAUGACAUGGCGCUCUCUGACAACACACCCAUGGACCAAUCGGGAGCUUUCAUCUGCGGUGAAAGACAAGCAGUGGGUGUGGCCGAGGCGGCUUUACAAGACGUUGAAACACUGCGGCGGCUCAUAAUACGAGACCUCGAGGAGGACGGAUGGAGCCAUGACUCGGAUGACACACCCACCAACGAGACGGCCAACGAGGGGAGCUCACUCACUGAAAGGCAGCGACCGGAGUCUUUGGAGACCAUCCUCAACUUCAGCACCAACGACUGGGAGGCCGACCCUGAAGAGGUUCCGGCCUCAGACGCCGACCCGCCCGGCAUCCAGGUGGUAAGAACAGCUGUGGUUGCGGGUCCUCCCCCUUCUUCUUCUUCUGUCCCUGAUGGCAUCACUGAUGAUGUCGCCCUCCCUUCCGACCAAUCGUCCGAGCUGAGAGGCGAAGCUUCUACGCAGGGGAACACUUUCUACUUGGUAAUGCCGACCGAGCUGGGAGAGAGCGUCGCCGACGACCUCAACGACUCUGCCACCGCCAGCCACUUCCCUCAGCCUCUGGAGGAAGUGAUGACCCCGCAGAUGCAGCCGGAGGAGGAGGAAGCGCCAGCCUGUGGUUCAGAGCGCAACCAAUCGGAGGUUACGCAACUGGAACAGGAAGAAGAAACGGGUCAAUCACAGACCGGGCCGCAGAGUAACGUGAUCAGAAACGUGGACGAGAUCUUCCACACGAUCGAGGGGUUAAUGAGCAAGUUGCGUCAGCUGAAGGAAAUAGAAAAGGCUCAUCACAAGCUUUUGAAAACCAUCACUGAGCUGUCUGCCAAUCAGGAGUCAGAGGACCAGCAGUGUCACUCUGCAACUGUCUCCAGGACGCCAUCUCUGGAUCGCGGCUCGGGAGACGGAAGAGAAGUGAGUGCUGCAGAACCCAAGAUUCAGUCGACUGGAUUCUGACGUCCUUCUGGAGCGGAUUCACUCGCAGUCAUUCACUUUUGACUGAUGGCGUUCGGACUUAACCAUAAGGACCUGCCGUCGGACUCGGCCCCCCUCGCACCCCAUCUACCCUUUGCCCCUCGUCCUUGCAUGCACCGACCAGUGGAGCAGAGCCCAAGAAGGACCGCAGCCACCGCUUUUGUUUUCCUGGUUCCCACGGACACCGAGAAGCCGGUCGGACUAAUUUCUGAGGAUCUGUGUGACGUUUUGUCUUCUACCAGAGCAGGAAGGAGACGAGGGGCAAGGGAGGAACAAGUAUGAAAGAAUUAAAAAAUAAAGGCAGAAGACAAGUUGAUGAGUGGAGAGAAAAGGAAAAGUCGGAGGAACUGGAAGUUGGAUAUUCGUGAAGGAAAAUGAGUUUGCGUGUCGUGCUUUUGAGAGCUGGUUGAAGGAACGGAGCAGAAAAGUGUUGAAAUGUUUAAUUUAAGGAAAAAAUCCAAGGGACCAUCAUCCCAGCACUUUACCCACAAUCCAUCCCUCUGUCAUGGACAUCCUCUACAGUGGACAGAUCAGGGACUGGACACACAGCAAAGAGGACCCCCCCCCCCCCC